GAAUUAAUCCCCGCGAAUCACAGCGGAGCCUCUUCCAUCGCGUAGGGCAGGCGAUUGACGAUGCAUUAUUUCAUCGCCUUUGAUGAAAGUAGUCACGCGAGCGCGUUCGUGAUCUUCCGACCACCUGUGGCAUCUCACGUUUCGUUCGAAGACACGUGCGUGAUUAAAAAAAUUUCUAGCAAUCUUUCCGAUUGAUAUUUUUAUUCUAACGCAGACCGAAGAAAAAAGUAAAUCAUAAAGUAAAUCAAACGCGCCGGCCUUGUAAUAUGAUGCAGCACAGAGUUCUGGUGAUUGGCAGCGGUGGCAGAGAGCACGCCAUUUGUUGGAAAUUGUCUCAAUCAACACAUGUGACAGAAAUCUUAGUUGCUCCUGGGAAUGCUGGCAUCAAACAAGUGGAUAAAGUACAAUUAGUUGACUUAAAUAUUAAGGAUACUAAGAAAAUUGCCAAAUGGAGCAAAGACAAUAAUGUUUAUCUUGUCGUGGUUGGACCAGAGGAUCCCCUGGCUCAAGGAUUAGCGGAUGAUCUAAGGGAUAUGGGGGUGAGAUGUUUUGGACCACAGAAGCAAGCGGCCCAGAUUGAAGCUAAUAAAGAUUGGGCAAAGCAAUUUAUGAACAGGAAUAAUAUUCCUACUGCUAGAUGGCAAAGCUUUACAUCCGCAGCAGAUGCAAAGAAUUUUGUUAAAGCUGCAUCCUUUAAGGCACUUGUCGUGAAAGCCUCGGGUUUGGCAGCCGGUAAAGGUGUCGUGGUAGCCAAAGACCAACAAGAAGCUUGUCAUGCAAUAGAUGAGAUUUUAAACGAUAAGAAAUUUGGAAUUGCUGGCGAGACUGUUGUUGUUGAGGAACUCUUGGAGGGCGAAGAAGUAUCUGUACUCGCAUUUACAGAUGGCAAGACUGUCGUACCUAUGAUGCCUGCGCAAGAUCACAAAAGAAUCUUUAAUGAAGAUGCUGGUCCAAAUACAGGUGGAAUGGGUGCAUAUUGCCCAUGUCCGCUGCUAAGUGAAACUGAAUACGAACAGGUGAAAGUAAAUGUUCUCCAGAGAACUGUGGAUGGACUUAGAAGAGAAAAUAUUCCGUUUGUCGGUGUGUUAUAUGCUGGCUUAAUGCUGACUGAGGAUGGUCCAAAAGUCUUAGAAUUUAAUUGCAGAUUCGGGGAUCCUGAAACAGAGGUUCUAUUACCACUAUUGACAUCAGACCUGUUUACGAUUAUGAAGGCUUGCUGCGAUGAAACUUUAAACGCGUCUCUUGUUUCGUGGCGAGAGAAUGUAUCUGCCGUGGGUGUGAUUUUAGCAUCUUGCGGCUAUCCGGCAUCUUCGUCCAAGGGUCAAGUUAUAAAAGGCAUCGCCGAAGUAACACAUAAACAGGACUGUUUUGUCUUUCAUUGCGGCACUGCCGUUUCAUCGGAAGGCGAAUUAAUAACUAACGGUGGAAGAGUCCUUAUCACUGUCAAUGUAGCGUCUACUUUAGCGAUGGCAACAGCUACAGCCACCCAAGCUGCUCGGCAUGUAUCGUUUGACGGAAAACAAUUCAGAACAGACAUUGCGCACAAAGGAAUUGCUAGAUCUAUUUUGCAGAAGGGAAAUUUAACGUAUAAAAUUAGCGGCGUGAAUAUUGACGCUGGCGAUCAUCUUGUAUCCGUCAUUAAACCAGCUACUUGCUCCACGAAACGCGCUGGUGUUCUGGGCACUAUAGGAGGGUUCGGAGGUCUCUUUGAUGUAAAAGCCGCAGGUUACAACGAUCCUAUUCUGGUGUCCGGUACCGAUGGUGUCGGCACCAAAUUGAAGAUAGCAAUCGAAUACGAUAAACACGACACAGUAGGCAUAGACUUGGUUGCCAUGUGCGUGAACGAUGUCCUCGCGCACAACGCGGAGCCGUUGUUUUUCCUGGAUUACUUUGCUUGCGGCAAACUGGAUGUUGGAAUAGCCGCAAGGGUCGUAAACGGAAUAACCGAAGGUUGCAAGCAAGCAGGAUGUUCCUUGAUUGGUGGAGAAACGGCUGAAAUGCCCGACAUGUACCGCGAAGGAGAAUACGAUUUGGCUGGCUUUGCGGUGGGCGCCGUUGAAAAGGGCAACUUGCUGCCGCGAGUAGACGAUAUUGAGGAGAGUGAUGUGGUGAUAGGUCUUCCGUCCAGCGGCGUACACAGCAACGGCUUCAGCUUGGUGCGAAAAGUCUUGAAACUCGCCGAUAAAAGUUAUUCCGAUGUCGCACCUUUCUCAAAAAGCAGUCGAACUAUUGGCGAGGAAUUGUUGGAACCAACAAAGAUUUAUGUAAAAAGCGUCGUUCCCGCUUUACGAACAAAUCUAGUGAAAGGAUUCGCGCAUAUCACUGGCGGUGGUCUUGUAGAAAAUAUACCUAGAAUUUUACCGAGUCACUUGGGUGUAAUGUUAGACGCAACCAAAUGGAAUAUUUUACCAAUCUUUGGCUGGUUAGCGGCGAUAGGUGGAAUCAGUAAACACGAAAUGUUAAGGACAUUUAAUUGCGGAAUUGGCGCCGUAUUGAUUUGUUCCGAAAAGGACAAGAUCAUAGUUUUGAAUAAACUAAAGGAUGAAAAUCCUGUAGUUAUUGGAAGCGUGAAUGUAUAUUGCGACCAGGCUAAAAUACAAGUCAAAAACUUUGAAAAAGUCCUCGAACUGGAAAUGAAACAAUAUGUUCCCAACUUGGUUGCAACAUUGAGCAAGCCUUUUAAGAGAGUAGCUGUUCUGAUAUCUGGCAGCGGAACAAAUCUCCAAUCGUUAAUUAACGCCACUCAAGACUUGUCUCAGAACAUUGGAGCAGAAAUCGUCUUAGUAAUUUCCAAUAAGCCUGGUGUUGAAGGAUUGAAACGUGCUGAAAAAGCUGGCAUUAAAACAGUGGUAAUCAAACAUGGUGACUACCCAAAUCGCGAGUCUUUCGAUGCAGCCAUGAAUGUAGAACUUGACGCUGCUAAAGUAGAAAUAGUAUGUCUGGCUGGCUUCAUGCGAAUUCUUUCUGAGCAAUUUGUAAAACAUUGGAGAGGCGCUUUAUUAAAUAUUCAUCCUAGUCUCCUUCCAUCUUUCAAAGGAGCAAACGCGCACAAGGAUGUUUUAGCGGCACGUGUGCGCGUGUCGGGUUGUACUGUGCAUUUUGUUGAGGUUGAUAUUGAUUCGGGAGCUAUUAUUGAACAAGAAGCAGUACCUGUGUUUCCGGAUGAUACAGAAAAAGUUCUGCAAGAACGCGUGAAGACAGCGGAGCAUCGAGCUUAUCCUCGUGCUUUAAAGCAUCUGGCGACUGGUCGUAUAAAAUUAAAAGAAGAUGGUACCAUCUGUUGGAAUUAAUUAGACAACACAAAUAUAUUUGUAUACCAAAGUUUUUAAAUAAUCAUAUUUUUUAUAUAUUAUUACUUUCUAUUAAUCCUAUUAUUUAAUAUAUGUAUAUAUAUACAAAUAAUUUUACAAUAUUUAUAUC